CGCAGCUGUCUCUUAUCUCAACAUCAGUCCUGACUGCCUCUGGCCAGGUGUGAAAGAGUCAUCUUGUUUGUAUAUGCAGCUCCCGGCGAGCAAUGAGAAGCCAGCAACCAUGGCCGACGAAAGCACCCCGCUGAUCCAGCGCGUCGAUGUCCGACCCCAUCGCGACCGAUACCCACACCAUCGUCUUCGAUUCGUAUGCACCACUUUGCUAAGCGCAACAAUAAUCGUUGGAGGACUUGCUGCAAUCUUCCUCUUCGCCUUUGCACCACCCACUCAAGACGAAGUAGCCCCUGCAUCACGAUUCUCGGCCUCUUCCUUGUCGACCUCACAAAUACCUGACGGAUGGGCGCGCAAGACGGCCCUGGACUUCGAGGGCCUAAAGGCGGCACUAUUGGAAACACCCAGUGCUGAAAAGGCAGAAGAGUGGAGCAGAUACUACACGAGUGGGCCGCAUCUUGCUGGAAAGAAUCUCAGCCAGGCGUUGUGGACCAGGGAAAGAUGGCAGGAAUGGGGAGUUGAAAGCACCAUUGUCGACUACGACGUUUACAUCAACUAUCCCAAGGGCCACCGAUUGGCUCUUAUGGAAAGGGUUGGCGACAAGGAAGACGCGGCUGACAGCAUCACAAAGCAAGAAUGGAAGGUCAAAUAUGAGGCGCGACUGGAGGAAGACGUCUUGGACGAGGACAAGUCAAGUCAGCUCGCAGAUCGCGUGCCAACCUUCCACGGCUACAGCGCCUCCGGUAACGUGACGGCGCCUUACGUCUUCGUCAAUUACGGAACAUACAGAGACUUUGAGGAGCUCCAGGCGGCGAACGUCAGUCUGGCUGGCAAGAUCGCCUUGGCCAAAUACGGAGGCGUCUUCCGCGGCCUCAAGGUCAAGCGCGCGCAAGAGCUGGGUAUGAUUGGUGUUGCCAUGUACACCGACCCAGGUGAUGAUGGAGAGGUCACCGAGAAGAACGGCGUUGCGACAUAUCCCGACGGACCGGCCAGAGAGCCCAGCAGUGUCCAGCGAGGAAGCGUCCAAUUCUUGAGCUUCGCACCAGGCGAUCCUACGACACCUGGCUAUCCCUCGAAACCCGGCUGCCCUCGCCAGCCCGUCGACCACGCGAUGCCACACAUCCCCUCACUCCCAAUUUCCUACCUCGAUGCGCUUCCCCUCCUCAAAGCCCUCAAUGGUCACGGUCCGAAAGCCUCAUCCUUCAACGAGCACUGGCACGGCGGUGGCUUGGACUACAAGGGCGUAGAAUAUAACAUUGGGCCUUCGCCAGACGACCUCGUGCUGAACCUGGUCAACGAGCAGGACUACGUUACGACGCCCUUGUGGAAUGUCAUUGGAAUCAUCAACGGCACCAUUCCCGAUGAAGUCGUCGUUCUCGGCAAUCACCGCGACGCUUGGAUUGCUGGCGGUGCAGGCGAUCCAAACAGCGGCAGCGCAGCGCUCAACGAGGUCAUUCGGAGCUUUGGCGCUGCCAUGCAAGCUGGCUGGAAGCCCAUGAGAACAAUUGUCUUCGCGAGCUGGGACGGAGAGGAGUAUGGGUUGGUUGGCAGCACUGAGUGGGUUGAAGAGUACCUGCCCUGGCUCUCUGGUUCCACGGUUGCAUAUCUGAAUGUCGAUGUUGCCACAGCAGGCCCGAACUUCAAGCUCUCAGCGGCGCCCUUGAUGAGCAGUGUGGUGGAGGAAGUCGCUCGUAUGGUCAUGUCCCCGAAUCAGACCAUCGCUGGCCAGUCUGUCUAUGAUGUUUGGGACAAGCGCAUUGAGACGAUGGGUUCUGGCAGCGACUUCACCGCCUUCCAGGAUUUCGCCGGCAUUCCAUGCAUUGACAUGGGCUUCGGCUUUGACUCCAAGUCAGCAGUCUACCACUACCACAGCAACUACGACUCAUUCGAUUGGAUGAAGAUGUACGGCGACCCGACCUUCGAAUACCAUGCCACGAUCGCCAAGAUGUGGGCACUCGUAGCAGCCAAGCUCGUUGAGACACCCAUCCUCCAACUGAACGCUACAGACUACGCGGUCGGCCUCCAGACCUACGUCGACGCCGUCAAACGCAAAGCUUUCGACGCCGGUCCGCCAAACAAAGACUCCAGCGAAGUCUUUCAGCCUCUCGAUGAAGCCGUCUCCCACUUCCUCUUCGCAUCCAUCCUCCACGACGCCACAGCCGCUGACCUCGCAACCCAAUACGCCAACAUUGGCGACAUUCCCUGGUGGCAGCCCUGGAAGAAGGUGCAACUAUACCUCGCUAUUCGCGGCAUCAACACAAAGUACAAGUACCUAGAGAGGAAGUUUCUGUUCCCGGAUGGUCUGGACGGACGAAGCUGGUUCAAGCACGUCGUCUUCGCUCCCGGCAAGUGGACGGGCUAUUCUGGUGCCACAUUCCCUGGUAUCGUUGAGGCGAUCGAAGAGGAGAGUGAAGAGGGGGUGCAGAGGUGGGUCGGCAUUGUUAGUAAUGCUAUUGGUAGUGCCGCGGACUGGUUGGAGGAGUAGGGCUUGGAAUGUACAUUCCCUUUAUACCCGCUGUAAGUAUGAAUAUAAGGAUCCCAGGACCCUACAUGCCGCUCGUUAUGCUGUGAUACGAAGUUUGUAACACGGCGUGAGGCAUACAUAUGGCUUGGGGAUGGGGAGCUGAUAGGUGCGUAGGUCUUCUUGAGCUAUACACAUCACUGGCACGGAGGAGAACAAGACAGCAUGAUAUGGCGAAGAGGAAACAGUCUAUUCAAUGGGUAUCAAAUCGUUAUGGCCUAGGGCCCAAAGUUUCCGCCCGAGGUCAUCUUGUCCCUGUAGGGCAGCACCGGCGCAACGGGCGUGGGCGAGGGCGAGGGGAGGGGGCGCCGGC